AUGUCAUAUCCUCACAUAAAUAGUUUAAGUCUCAAUGAUCGGGACACAGAAUUAGUUGACAUAACAGAUGAUGUAUAUGCUUCGCUAGCGCAAAUCAAAAAUAACAAAGUGAUAAAGUCUCCAUUAUUUGAACUUCUCGAAGGUACUCGUGCAUUGGAGGUUUUAAACACUAAGCUAGAUACAGGAAUUAUUUACCUCAACACAUACGAUAUCAAAUUUGAUUGCGCUGCACCUCAAGAAGUAGACUCGAUAAUCAAUGUACAAACGCAUUUGUUGUGUCAAUUGGUAAAUUGGUUAGAAAAUAAUAGUCUUCCCGUAUCCGUAUUGAGUUGCCGUUAUGUGCAAACAUUGUUGGUGAACCACUCUCAAUCUCGAUUCCAUAAUUUGAAAACUGGCUGUGCAUUCCGAGACUCACGAAUCGGGGAGCAAGUUUAUCAAAAGAACUUCAAGUACUGGGCUGUUCACAAGAUUCUCAAGACAUUUGUUAGAGCAUUGUGUAAGUUCAUUGGCUUUAUGCUCGAUAUCUCACGCAAAUUCCUCUACGAUGAAGAAGAUAUCAUGACAAGGGCAAUGGAUUUGGACUUUUUACUGGAUGUGAGCCCUUUGCUGAUUAUCGAGGAGAUCGAUACCACGAUUGAAUGGAUCUUGGGUAACGAUAUUGUAGAGAAUGGGGGCAUUUUAAUCAGUCAGUUGAAGAUAGUGCAGAGCUUAAAUCGAUUUGAAGAGUGUGUUUUAUCUCUGCUGGUACCAUUUAUGGAUAAGGAUGCAUCAUUGAAAGGGAACGAGGAAUUGUGUCGCCUGUUUAGUUUUUGCAAAGAUGUGGAGAUGCACCUUGAAAGAGUGCGUGCUUUUCAAUAUGAUGAGGAAACAAUACCAAAAGGCGCAUUUUCACGUUUUAUACAAGCCGAUCUUGAUAAUCCUAAUAUACCAGUUGACGUUGCAAAAAUAAAUAUUUCUCAUUCACUUGACCAUAUCAGUGAAAUUUUUAGAGCAAGUUUUCAACUUGUAACUCAGGUCAGUGAGAUCAAGUCCAUUAGCCAGCUACAGGACUAUUUGCAUUACAAUAUUCGAUACCCUAGCACCGACUUUUCUGUUUUCACUAGAGCAUUGUUUCAGCAAUACUUUAUCCGCGAUGACAAAUCUAUAUUUGGUUCGUCCUCAACAGAUUUGACUAAACUCACUACCGAUAUUGUUGAAAAUGUGAUUGGCGAUAAUACUAUAAUGUUACACAACCUCAAUACUCGUGUAGCGCAAUUGAAAGACUCGAUGAAAAGAGAGAUUCUAGAGAGGCAUCUGCAGGUGAUGCAGGAUCUUGAAGGUGCCAUUUACCAUAAUCUUUGCAUAUAUGGCGCCAAUCCUGGCCGGUCGCAACAAUUAGUAUCAAAGGGAUUAGUGAUAUGGGAUACUUUACAAGUAUCUUGGCAAACUUUCGAGCGACAAUUAUAUGACAGCUUUCAGAUCUAUGAUCCAUUGGAAGCUGGAAUCCCAUCACUUAGUGUUACCAUGUUUAUAUAUUUCCAAAAAGUACAAAUGAUGCUUGACCUUUUGUUGAAUGGUAUUGACCUAGAGCUUUACAAACCUUUUGAGAUAUAUAUGGUUUAUCUUUAUGCAGAUACGUUAUUGAACCAUUUGAUCAACCAUAUCAAGACUCCAUUGAGGAAAAUUGUAUUGGCCAAGAUUGAUGAGAUUGAAAUUAAUAUGCCCAAGAAGAUUAAAAAAUUGAAAAAUGGUCCUAAAAAGGAUGCUUUGAAAACGCAACACAACUAUGGUGUUGAUGUCACCAUUCCUCGCUUGCUUCACACUAUCAAAUACCAAGAUUACAUGGUUGACCAUUAUACGUGCAUGGAUAAGCUAGUCACAUGCUAUAGUAAAUUUUGCGCAGUGCUUGCUAAGUUGCGACUCAUUGAUUUCUCUAGGGGACCUACUAAAAAUAUGAGCUCCAUGGAACAUCUUUAUUAUCUACGUAUGAAACCAUGGUCGUCGAUAGGCGUUCCAGAAUUUCCCAGUUAUGCACAAUAUCAACACGAGCUUAUUGCAACUAGACCUGAUGCAAAUAACCGAGUGAACUUGACCCAAUGCUUGAAACUUUUAACGGAAAUCAAACUGGCUUUACAUGAGGUGGAAAAGGGGGUCAAGAGUAUAUUGAAUUACGUGAGUCGAAAUGGUGAUGUGGAUUUUAUUAAGCAAAGUAAAAUAAAGGAAUGGUAUGAGAGACUCGCGGAGGCAGGAAAUGAAAUGAGCCUGGAGGUUAGCUCUCUAGGCAAGAUAAUAUCUGAGCACAAUGAUGAUUUGUUGGAAAUUCCCAAGCAGUAUAGAUUGGUGGUUGAAAGGGGCAAGCACGCAUAUUUUUUGUCCAUGAAAACUGUCACCAAGAAUGAGUAG